AUGAAAUUGUGCGUGUCAAAAUGUUCAGCCAUAUGGAUUACCAGCAAGUGCUGCUUUUGUGUGCCUCUCAGGAAGGGUGUUCUCAUAUUUGCCUACAUUAAUAUGGCGGCUACUCUGCUGACCGUACCGGCGAUGCUAUGCGACGUGGUGACGCGCCUGACCACUGCUGACGCUGCGUACAACCAGUACAAUGUGGUUCUAAUCGUGACCACCGUAUUCCUGUUCGUGGACAUUUUCGUGCAAGCUGUAUUGAUUAUAGGCACUCAUAAGAACAAACGAUUGCUCCUGCAAAUAUUUCUGUACGUCGGAUCUGCGGCGCUAGCACUCUCUCUCGGCACGGACAUCAUUAUCUUCGACCAUACACAGUACAUCGCCAACACUGUUUACUUCUUCCUCGUUUUUUUAGACGUGUACCUUUUUGUGCUGGUGUACAACCUGAUACGCAUUGUGGACGAAGGCCUGGAGGUCCAGUACAUGGCGUACCAGCAGGGGAACCAGCUUGGAUUGUGACAUAUUCC